AUGGGGCUCCUCAAUGGGCCUCUCGCCUCCCUGCUCCUCUUGCUCCAGACGCAGGUUUGCUGGCUACCGAGCGUGGCCUCCGAGCCCUAUCAAGCGGGCAUCGGGGAGGCUAAAGUGACCUUGGAGCUGGAAGGAACUGACCUACAGCCCAGCAAAACGCUGGGGAAAGCAUUGCCCGGAUGCACUGGAUAUGAGAUGUGUGGCGCUGACAGUGGAGAAAUCACUAUUCUGAAUAGUGGGACAGUCCAGAGAGAGAAGGCUGCUGUGAGCUCCCGGCCCAAACGCAUCUUACGAAGACGAAAGAGAGAGUGGGUGAUGCCGCCCAUAUAUAUCCCUGAGAACGGCAAAGGUCCUUACCCUCAGAGGCUAAACCAGCUCAAAUCUAAUAAGGACAGUGGCACCAAGCUCUUCUACAGCAUCACUGGGCCUGGAGCAGACAGUCCCCCUGAGGGUGUCUUCACUAUAGAAAAAGAGAAAGGCUGGUUGCUGUUGACGGUGCCACUGGACAGGGAGAAGAUUGCCAGGUAUGAGCUUUCUGGCCAUGCGGUGUCCGAGAAUGGUGCCUCUGUGGAGGAUCCCAUGAACAUCACCAUCAUUGUGAUAGACCAGAAUGACAACAAGCCCAAGUUCACUCAAGAUAUCUUCAGAGGGAGUGUUUCUGAGGGGGUAAUGCCUGGCACUUCUGUGAUGCAGGUGAUGGCUACCGAUGAGGACGAUGCCAUCGACACUUACAAUGGGGUGGUGGCCUACUCCAUUCUUAGCCAAGAACCAAAGGAGCCACAUGACCUCAUGUUCACCAUCCACAAAAGCACUGGGACCAUUAGUGUCAUCUCCAGUGGCCUGGACCGGGAGAAAGUCCCUGAGUACACACUGACCAUCCAGGCCACCGACAUGGACGGAAUCGGCUCUAGCACCACAGCAAAGGCCGUAGUGGAAAUCCUUGACGCCAAUGAUAAUGCCCCCGAGUUUGUGCCACAGAAGUAUGAGGCCUCGGUGCCUGAGAAUGAAGCGAGCCAUGAGGUGCAGAGUCUGACAGUGACUGAUCUGGAUGCCCCCAACUCACCGGCAUGGCGUGCUGUCUACCACAUUGUGGGAGGUGACGAUGGGCAUUACUUUACCAUCACCACUCACCCAGAGACCAACCAGGGCAUCCUGACGACCAAGAAGGGUUUGGACUUUGAGGCUCAGAACCAGCACACUCUGUACAUAGAAGUGACCAACAAGGAGCCCUUUGCAGUGAAACUCCCCACUGCCACUGCCACCGUGGUGGUCCACGUGGAAGACGUCAACGAGGCCCCUGUGUUCGUCCCACCUUCCAAAGUCAUCGAGGCCCAGGAGGGUAUCGCUCUUGGGGAACUGGUCUGUGUCUAUACCGCACAGGACCCGGACAAGGAGGAACAGAAGAUCAGCUACCAAAUCUUGAAAGACCCAGCCAGCUGGCUAGCCAUGGACCCGGACAGUGGUGAGAUCACUGCUGCGGGCGUCCUUGAUCGUGAGGACGAGCAGUUUGUGAAGAACAACGUCUACGAGGUCGUGGUGCUGGCCACAGACAGCGGAAACCCUCCCGCCACCGGCACUGGGACACUUCUGCUGACACUUACUGACAUCAACGACCAUGGCCCGGUCCCUGAACCCCGUCACAUCACCAUCUGUAACCAGAGCCCUGUGCCUCAAGUGCUGAACAUCACGGACAAGGACCUGUCCCCCAACUCCUUCCCCUUCCAGGCCCAGCUGACACAUGACUCAGACAUCUACUGGCUGGCAGAAGUCAAUGAAAAAGGAGACACCGUGGCCUUGUCCCUGAAGAAAUUCCUGAAGCAAGACACAUAUGACUUGCACCUUUCUCUGUCCGACCAUGGCAACAGGGAGCAGCUUACCAUGAUCAAGGCUACCGUGUGUGACUGCCAUGGCCAUGUGGAGACCUGCCCCCAACCCUGGAAGGGUGGUUUCGUCCUGCCUAUCCUGGGUGCCAUCCUGGCUCUGCUGACCCUUCUGCUGGCACUCCUCUUGCUGGUGAGAAAGAAGAGAAAGGUCAAAGAGCCCCUGCUGCUCCCAGAGGAUGACACUCGUGACAAUGUCUUCUACUAUGGUGAAGAGGGCGGUGGCGAAGAGGACCAGGACUAUGACAUCACCCAACUCCACCGGGGGCUGGAGGCCAGGCCUGAGGUGGCUCUCCGCAAUGACGUGGCACCAACCUUCAUCCCCACACCCAUGUACCGUCCCCGGCCAGCCAACCCAGAUGAAAUUGGCAACUUCAUCGUUGAGAACCUGAAGGCUGCCAACACCGACCCCACCGCCCCGCCCUAUGACUCCCUGCUGGUCUUUGACUAUGAGGGCAGCGGCUCUGAUGCUGCCUCCCUGAGCUCCCUCACCUCCUCGGCUUCAGACCAGGAUCAGGACUACAACUACCUUAACGAGUGGGGAAGUCGAUUCAAGAAACUGGCUGAUAUGUACGGUGGAGGCGAGGACGACUAGGCCGGCCCGCCAGGCUAUCCAGGCGACAACUG